AAGUGUUCGUGAACCGACUACUUAAAUUAGUUGGAAAUUUCACUCUGUGCCGUCAACAUUAAAUUUUAAACUUUUUGAAGUCGUUACAGUCUUGCAGACUAAAUCCAAAGAGUAUAAUAAUUGUGGUGUGACUGUACGAUUAAGAAUACUCAUUAAUUUAAGUGGAAAUUUGAUUACUCUGAGUAGUAAAUCGCUGAUUUCUGUAAUUACAUUUUUUUAAACUUUUGUGAAUCGAUCUGCUGCAUUAAGUUUAUAAAUUAAAUAUGAGGGAAAUUGUUCAUUUGCAAGCCGGCCAAUGUGGUAACCAGAUCGGUUCGAAGUUCUGGGAGGUAAUUUCCGACGAACAUGGCAUUGACCCAACAGGUGUCUACAACGGUAGCAGCGAUCUGCAACUGGAGAGAGUGAGUGUCUACUACAACGAAGCAUCGGCAUACUCCAGUUCAGUCAGUGGCAAAUAUGUGCCAAGAGCAAUCCUGGUGGACUUAGAACCGGGAACAAUGGAAGCUGUUCGAUCUGGUGCAUAUGGGAGACUCUUUCGCCCAGACAAUUUCGUUUUCGGUCAAUCAGGUGCGGGAAACAAUUGGGCGAAAGGUCAUUACACUGAGGGUGCUGAAUUAGUUGAUUCGGUGCUGGAUGUAGUUCGAAAAGAAUGUGAGAACUGUGACUGCUUGCAGGGAUUUCAACUUACCCAUUCACUUGGAGGUGGAACUGGAUCGGGCAUGGGUACAUUGCUCAUCUCAAAGAUCCGUGAAGAAUAUCCUGACAGAAUUAUGAACACCUAUUCGGUUGUUCCAUCACCAAAGGUAUCCGACACUGUAGUCGAACCGUACAAUGCAACACUGUCUGUGCAUCAAUUGGUGGAGAGUACUGACGAAACGUACUGCAUUGACAACGAAGCUCUGUACGAUAUUUGCUUCAGGACACUGAGGGUAUCCAAUCCGAGUUACGGUGACUUGAACCAUUUGGUUUCAUUGACAAUGUCUGGUGUGACAACUUGCCUACGUUUCCCUGGACAGCUUAACGCUGAUUUGCGAAAAUUGGCUGUUAAUAUGGUGCCUUUCCCUCGCUUGCAUUUCUUUAUGCCUGGAUUUGCUCCUCUAACUUCCCGAGGUUGCGUGGAAUACCGAGCAUUGACUGUACCAGAACUCACUCAGCAAAUGUUUGAUUCUAAAAACAUGAUGGCUGCAUGCGAUCCACGGCAUGGUCGCUAUUUAACCGUUGCAGCAAUUUUCCGCGGUAAGAUGUCAAUGAAGGAAAUUGAUGAGCAAAUGAUUGCUGUUCAAAAUAAGAACAGCAGCUACUUCGUCGAAUGGAUUCCCAACAAUGUGAAAACGGCAGUGUGUGACAUACCACCAAGAGGAUUGACAAUGUCUUCGACAUUCAUUGGAAAUACAACUGCUAUACAAGAACUCUUCAAACGAAUUUCCGAACAAUUCUCUGCUAUGUUCCGUCGAAAGGCUUUCUUGCAUUGGUACACCGGUGAAGGCAUGGACGAAAUGGAAUUCACCGAAGCUGAGAGCAAUAUGAACGAUUUGGUCUCCGAAUAUCAACAGUAUCAGGAAGCCACAACGGACGAAGAUUUCGAGCAAGAAGAAGCACUCGAAGAGGUUGAGGAUUGUGUAUGAAAUGUACUUCUGUAGUGGAGUAGCUUAAGUAUUUGGAGCAUUUAUUAAACUAACUUUUUACUACCAGUG